AUGUACGAAACUGAAUUUUCACCUGUUUUGAGCCCCGCGCUCAGCCAAAAAAUCAUUCCCUCUGACCAGCAGGUCGAGGACGCAGGCUCCGACGACAGCAACGGCUAUGCGUUCGUCGGUGGUCACCGGGUCCCUUUGAGUGAUGUUUUGCUUGCCCACGCCGGUUACCUCAAUGCCGGUACUACCAUCCCCCACGGAUACGAGUUUGGCAAUCCCGCCGUGUUUGGUUUGUUUUCUUUCGGUAUUUCCGCCAUGUUGCUAGCUCUUUACAACGUCCACUCGCGCGGCGUUACUAUCCCCAAUGUAAUGAUUGGUCCGGCCUUUUUCAUUUCCGGUAUUGGCCAGACCAUUUCGGGCCUCUGGGAGAUUGCUGUGGGCAACACUUUUGCAGCCACUGCCAUGACAGGCUUUGGCGGGUUCUGGCUCGCAUACGGCGCCGUGCUCACCCCCAGCUUUGGAAUUGCUGCCGCUUACGCGGAUGAACCUCUAAUGUUCCAGAAGGCCAUGGGAUUUUUGAUGUUGUCCUACACAAUCUUCACCGCCGGGCUGCUCAGUUUGGUGCUCAAGUCUACUGCCGUGUUUGUAUUCUUGUUCAGCGUGUUGUUCCUCACCUUCUUGACCGAGUCCAUUGGCUUGUUUAUUAACAACGAAAACGUGCUCUUGGCAUCUGCUGGCUUCAAUAUUGCUUUGGCCCUCUCUGCCUUCUACUGCGGCUGGGCUGGUCUGGCCAGCGGGGAGAACUCCUACCUCACCGGCGCUCCAUUCCGCGUACUUAUGCCUGGAGCUCGUGUUGAGCACGCUCCUCCUGCUUAA